GCCUCCAGCAUGUUCAAGGCCUUGCGGAAUCUCACUAGAAGAGUGCCGCCGAUACCGUCAGUGCGAUUGGUCUCCACAUCCACAACCACAACCACUCCCGUCGCUCCCAUAGAGACCCAAGUCCCAGCGGGCGGAUUACACCACAUCGCAGAACGUGAAGCCGAUAGAACUGCAGUGGAAUCACAACUACCAUCUCCCUUCCGAGAGCCAAUUUAUUUAACAUUAUCCUCUUUAAUCCCCCGAAAAGUGGGCGAGCCUCGGCCCUCUCGCCAGGUCGUUGCCCUUGCACCAUCCGUCUUCGACCACGCCCUCCGCCGAGAUAUCCUUCACGCGUGCGUAGUACACCAUCUUGACUCCUUACGCCAAGGUACUGCAUCCACCAAGACGCGCUGGCAAGUGAAAGCGUCAGGUAGAAAACUUGCUCAGCAAAAAGGACGGGGUAAAGCACGAGUAGGUGACGCGGGGAAUCCGAUCUUCGAGGCGAGUUGCGUUGAGUGCGAAAUGAGGGAGAAGGCUCUUGAGCUGUGGAAGAUGUUGAAGUGUAAAGGAUGGGCUGAUAAGACGCUCUUCGUACUUGGAGGCGACAGGCUGCCUAAUGGUUUGAAUUUGGCGUCGAAGAACAUCCAAGAUGUAGAUCUGAUGCUUGCCAAGGAUCUAACAGUGUACGAUGCGCUCAGGUGGAAGCGACUCAUUUUGGAUGUGGAAAGCGUCGGGUACUUUGCGGAGAAGCUUGGGAAACCCACCGACUCCCCCGAAGAUACCUCGUCUGCCGUAGGCAUCGACCCCAGUAUCCUACCCGUAAAAAUCGCACCAUCCCCUCCCUCCAAAUCUUCAUUAUCUCUCACGUCUGAUCCGCCAACUACAACUGUACCCGAGCUUCAACUUUAAUGACCGUGCAGUAAUACAGUAUAUUCUGACUUGUGUAAUGUACAUGAACUCGUGUGCAUCAAUCAGGUACAUAUUUGAUGACA